AUGGAUCUUAGAAGGCUUUCAAUCUCGAAACCCACUCUUCUCUUCCGCAUCAACCGCCCCUUAACGUGCGUUACCUGCAACCUCCAACGCCCCAAAGAGCCUCCUCAACCGCCACCAUUACAGGUUCCGAAGGAACCACAGCCUCCCAAUCAGAGUUUGCACAACUGGGUAUCUUCUAUUCUUUCAAAACCAUCUCUGGAUUCUUCUAAAUGUAAAGCUCUGAUACCCCUUUUGUCAUCUCAAGAAUUUGAUAGGGUAUUCUGUUCCAUUAGCUCCAAUGUGAACCCCAAAACAGCUCUUCAUUUCUUUUACUUUGCUUCUGAAUCUUUUAAGUUUCAGUUUACUGUACGAUCCUUUUGUGUUUUAGUUCGUCUGCUUAUUCUUUCGAAUCUUGUAUCGCCUGCGAGAUUGCUUUUGAUCCGUUUGAUUGAUGGGAAUGUGCCAGUUUUAUAUGCUAACCACAAUCAAAGGCAUAUGGAGAUUGCCAUUGCCAUGUUAGACUUGAAUACCGUGUCCACACAAGGUCUUGGGGUUCAGGCAUUGGAUUUGUUGAUUCAUGUUUACUGUACGCAAUUCAAGAAUAUGGGUUUUGGUUAUGCCAUUGAUGUGUUUGUAAUUUUUUCUAAAAAGGGUGUUUUUCCAUCAUUGAAGACUUGUAACUUUUUGUUGAGUUCUUUAGUGAAGGCUAACGAGCUUCAUAAGAGUUAUGAUGUAUUUGAAGUUAUGUGCCGAGGUGUUUCUCCUGAUGUUUACUUGUUUACUACCGCGAUUAAUGCAUUUUGUAAGGGAGGGAAGGUUGAUGAUGCAAUAGGUUUGUUUUCGAAAAUGGAGGGGCUGGGUAUUGUCCCAAAUGUGGUUACGUACAAUAAUAUUAUUCAUGGGCUCUGUAAGAGCAGAAGAUUAGUAGAGGCCUUCCAGUUUAAAAAGAAGAUGAUAGAAAACAAUGUGAGCCCGAGUCUUAUAACAUAUAGUGUGCUCAUUAAUGGUUUGAUAAAGCUGGAGAAGUUUCAUGAUGCAAAUUGUGUUUUGAAGGAAAUGUGCAACAGAGGAUUUGUCCCGAACGAGGUUGUCUAUAACACAUUGAUUGAUGGAUAUUGUAAAACAGGAAAUAUUAGUGAGGCACUAAAGAUAAGGGAUAAUAUGUUAUCCAAUGGGUUAACUCCCAAUUCUGUUACUCUUAAUUCUCUACUGCAGGGGUUUUGUAGAAGUGAUCAAUUUGAUCAUGCUGAGCAAGUUUUAGACAAGAUUUUCUCUGGUGGUUUAUCCAUAAACCAAGCUGUUUGUUUCUCGGUUAUUCACUGGUUAUGCAUGAAGUCUAGGUUUGAUUCUGCACUAAAAUUCACUACCGAAAUGCUAUUAAGAAACUUUAGGCCCAGUGAUAGCUUGCUUACAACAUUGGUUGGUGGGCUCUGUAAAGAUGGAAAGCAUUCUGAGGCACUUGGGCUUUGGUUUAGGCUAUGGGAGAAAGGAGUUGCAGCCAACACAGCGACCUCAAAUGCUCUAAUUCAUGGACUUUGUGAAUCUCGUAGCAUGCAAGAGGUUGUUAUGCUACUCAAACCGAUGCUAGAAAGAGGUUUGGUAUUGGAUAGAAUCUCAUACAACACACUUAUCUUGGGUUGUUGCAAGGAGGGAAAAGUGGAGGAAGGUUUUAAGCUUAAGGAAGAGAUGGCUAAACAAGGAAUUGAACCAGAUACUUAUACUUAUAAUUUGCUAAUGCAUGGCCUAUGCAAUAUGGGAAAAGUGGAUGAUGCGAUUAAACUUUGGGAUGAGUGUGAAAAUCGUGGUCUUGUUCCCAAUGUCUAUACAUAUGGGGUGAUGAUAGAUGGGUUUUGUCAAGCUGGAAGAAUGAAAGAGGGUGAAAAUCUCUUCAGUAAGUUGGUGAAUAAGGAAGUGGAACUAAAUUCAGUUGUUUAUAAUACACUAAUCAGAGCAUACUGCACAGGUGGGAAUAUGACUGCAGCCCUUGGUCUUCGUUGUGACAUGAAAAAGAAGGGCAUUCAACCAUCUUGUGGCACAUAUUCUUCUCUUAUACAUGGACUCUGCAAUAUUGGCGAUGUUGAGGAUGCAAAAUGCCUUCUGGAUGAAAUGAGGAAGGAUGGUUUGUUGCCAAAUGUUGUUUGUUACACUGCACUGAUUCAUGGUUAUUGUAAGCUAGGCCAAAUGGAUAAAGUAAGGAGUGCCUUUCUGGAGAUGUCUUCAGAUAACAUACAACCUAAUAAGAUUACCUACACUGUCAUGAUUGAUGGGUAUUCUAAACUGGGCAAUAUGGAAGAAGCAACUAAACUUCUAUGCGAGAUGGCAAAAAUGGGAAUUGCCCCAGAUGCCGUUACCUAUAAUGCCUUAACAAAUGGAUUUUGCAAAGAAAGGAUGGUGGAAGAAGCUUUUGAAGUAUGUGAUCAUAUGUCCAGUAAAGGUGUAGGUUUAGAUGAGAUUACACAUACAACAUUGGUUCAUGGGUUGCAUCAGCCCACUACAUGUGCAAAUCAGGAAUGA